ACAUCAGCAUCUUUGUUUACUUGCUAGCCUAGCUCAGUGCUCACUUCUCUCUACGUUAGCGACUAGCAUUAGUUGUCUGCUGGGUUUACGGUUUAUCAUACAGGCUGUGUAUUUCACUGUAGUUUAUUUUCUGACUCAGGAAUAUGUCGGCAAACGGAUCUGGAGAAGACUCCACAGACGCAAAGAGUGGCGAUGGACAGUGGUCACAGUCGUCUUCCUCUGCCUCUGCUCCUAUGGACGUAGAUGCCAAGUCCAGCGCCCACAGCUUCAGAUACAGUCUGAAUUUCCCCUGCAUCGGCCAGUGCAUCAUCAUCAACAACAAGAACUUUGACAGAAGAACAGGAAUGAAUCAACGAAACGGAACAGAUGUUGAUGCAGCCAAUGCGGUGAAAGUAUUUGGGAAGUUGGGUUAUAAAGUGAAGGUUUACAAUGACCAGUCAGUCGACCAAAUGAAACACGUUUUAACUUCUGCAUCAAAGGAAGAUCACAGCUGCUACGCCUCAUUCGUCUGUGUCCUGCUGAGUCAUGGAGACGAGGGUGUGUUCUUCGGUACGGAUGGCUCAAUAGAGCUCAAGUACCUGACAUCACUUUUUCGGGGCGAUCGCUGCAGAUCGCUGGUGGGAAAGCCUAAACUCUUUUUUAUCCAGGCUUGCAGAGGCACUGAUCUGGAUGCAGGCAUUGAAACAGACAGCGGAGAAGAUGGCAUGACCAAGAUCCCUGUGGAAGCUGACUUCCUCUACGCCUUCUCCACAGCCCCAGGCUACUACUCAUGGAGGAAUACUAUGACUGGGUCCUGGUUCAUGCAGUCACUGUGUGAUAUGAUUGCCAAAUACGGAAAAGAAUUGGAGCUCCUGCACAUCAUGACAAGAGUGAACCACAAGGUGGCAGUAGAGUUUGAGUCUGUCUCCAAUUCACCAGGCUUUGAUGCAAAGAAACAAAUCCCAUGCAUUGUGUCAAUGCUGACCAAAGAGAUGUAUUUUUUUCCUUGAGGUAGUCUUUCUGUCAGACUUCAGCCUUAAUCUACAGAAGAAAGGCUUGACAAUGUGUACAAGCUGGUGUUUGUGAAUUAUUUUAAGAUACACUGUCUGACUGAAUAUCUCUUGAAACCUCAGUUUAUAUGUUUUUCUGGGAGAGUAGUUUUGAAGCAGUCACAUUUCACAAGCUUGGCAUUAUAAGGUUCUUUAUGUGUGGAGGACAAUUCUGUGAUACGGCAUUAAAGUUUUUAUCCCUGAAGAAAAACUAUUUUGUAUUCUCUUCUACACAUUCAAACAAAAAAGGGAUAUUUUAAAACAAUGUCAAUGUACAUUAAAAGCAGAAAUAACAUUAAAUAUUGAUCUCUGAUCUAUCUUAAAAUGAAAUGUGACUGACUUUGUAAUUCCAAGCUCACAGUUUUCUACCGGUAAAUGCCUCUUUUCUGUUUACACUAUAUGCAUUUCAGGGAAACACAUUGGGUACCAGUUUGAUAGGAAGUCUGACCUUCUAUAUGUGUUUAAUCUUGAAACUAUAGAUGGGCGUCCCGCCCUACAGCACCAUUCUUAUGAGUGAGCCGUUUAUUUUAAGUGUCUAAGCAAGACGAUGAGUCUGUUAUGAAGGGAUCAUGCAUUUCAUUUCUAUGCCCGUUUUUACUUCUUUUCUUUACAUUAUCUUUUUUUUCACUAUUGAGCCAAUGUAGCGACUUCCAACAUAAAGGUUCCACAAUCAAAACUAAUCACUGAAAUAGUACCUUAUGAGCUCUGUGUGAAUGCCACUCUCAGUAGGUAAAUUAAAGGACAAUGUUGUGUAGCAAAUUCGGGAACAUCCAUUAAGCUAUCUUGUGUUUUGCUGGUUUUAAGGCUCAGUUGGCGUUAGUCUUCAUAGCAUGCACGACUUAAGCCAGCCCACUUGCAUUGCGCUUUUAUGUGAAGCUCAUUUUCAUACUUGAACACAAGUUUACAUUUCAUGCUAGGCAAUAUUUCAUGUAUUUUUGUUUUUUUAAAUGGCAAUUUGGAUGCCUUUUCACUUCACUUUAAUAGUUACAGUCAUUAACUUAAAAAAAUAACUUCUACCGGGCUGUUUUGCUACAGUGAGUCAAACGUAUGUAUGUUAACAUUGUUGAGUGAUUUAUAACAGAAAAGGCACAAUUUGAUUGUGUGCGGAUUCAGGUGCUGGUUAUUUGUGAGUAAAUAUUUAAAUAUUUACAUCAAAAUGGGAAAAAAAAACAAAACACUUUUGCUGUUAAAAUA